CUGCUCCCUCUUCAGACUGGCUCUUUCCGCCUUCUGAAAAGAAGCGGAGAAGGCGACGAUGAUGCGGGGACGUCAGGCAGGAACCUUGCUCUCGAGACAGCCGACGGGACUAGCAGCAUCAUCUGCAUGGCUCAGGGCCACUGAGGGCGCACGACUCACGCAACGAUGGCUUCAUUCCAGCGCCCCGGCUAGUCAGCAACCACCUACCCGUUCGCCGGCAUCUGCUCCUCCCUCUGCCCCUCACUCUGGCCCCCCUCCCGGUCCCAGUCCUUCUUCUCCCCCCGGUCAGGGCCGCCGUCGUGGAGCGGGAUCGAUCUUCUCCCCUGCGCGUUCAUCUGCUUCCCGCUCGUCAGGCUCCUCGCACCGCUUGCAGUAUAAUACCGAUCCCUUCACAGCUCUGCCCCCCACCGAGCACUACACCUUUCCUCUCGUAACUGCUGCCGAUCUGGCGCAGUCAUCGACGAGGCCACGGGCGAAAAGAAUGCUGGCCCGUGACUUUAUCCACGACAGCCUCUACAACCCCGCGUACGGCUACUUUAGCCGACAUGCCGUACUCCUGCCCGAUGGGACGAGCCGGGAAAUUGAUUUUGGGGCCGUGGGUGGUGAGGAUGAGUUCAUGCGCCUCAUCCAGAGCCGGUACAGCGAGUUUGAGGCUGGGAUCGUCGCGAGGCAAGACGCCAAGCGGAGCAGGGAGGACAAGAUGAAGCAGAGACCAGUGGCGAGACAGAGCUCGAGGCAGGGACUUGAGGAGGCCCAACGCAGAGGCAGGUUGGAUCUCGCGAGAGAGAAGCAGAGCGAGCGCGAGUACGGCCAGCAUGCCGACGACGUCGACGUCAUGGUUGCCAGACAGGUCUGGCACACGCCCACGGAACUCUUCAAGCCCUACUACGCCAGGGCAAUCGCCAGAUACAUCGUUGAACGGCAUCGAAGCAAGAUCGACGAAGCGCCCUUGGUCAUCUACGAGCUGGGCGCAGGCUCCGGAGCCCUGGCCAACGAUGUUCUAGGCUACCUGGCCGAGGCCGAACCGGACUUGUACCAGAGAACAGAGUACCGCAUCAUCGAGAUCUCGUCUCGCUUGGCCGAACAACAACGCAAGAUCCUUGCCAAGUACAUCGAUGAGGGGACUUGCAAGGUGCACAACGAGAGCAUCUUGCAGUGGACCAAAGUGGAGAGCAGAGAGUGCUUCGUCAUCGCUCUCGAAGUGCUCGACAACCUCACCCACGACGUUGUCAGCUAUUCCACGGACAGCCUCGCGCCGUACCAGGCCAUCGUCUCCAUUGACGAAAGUGGCGACAUGCACGAGCUCUGGGAGCCCGUGUCGGACCCGCUCAUCCGACGAUACCUCGACCUUGUCUCGGCAACUCCGUCCUCUGUCGGUGGCAGCAGCAGCAGCAGCAGCAGCAGCAGCGGCAGAUCCUGGCUCGAGUCGGUGCCCCAAGCCUUAAGAAAGGUCAUGACAAAUCAUCUUCCCUUUUACCCAAACCUGACGGCCCGCACCUUCAUCCCCACGGGCAGCCUGCAGCUUGUAGAAGUCUUGGCAAAAUCCUUUCCGCGGCAUAAUCUCGUCGUCUCUGAUUUCGAUCGCCUCCCGGAUGCGGUCCAAGGCAUCAAUGCUCCGGUGGUGCAGACUCGCCUGGAAGGGACCAUGAUUCCCGUGACGACGUAUUGUGUCCAUCAGGGCUUCUUUGACAUCUUCUUCCCUACCGACUUUGCGGUGCUCAAGAGGCUACAUUCACAGGUAACUGGGGCAGCAAGCGGUGCAAGCGGAGAAAUCAUGCACCACAGCACCUUUCUGAAGAGGUACGCGGAAACGGACAAGACGAGGUGCAGAGAUGAUAGCAAUCCGCUUCUAUCGUGGUACGAGAAUGCCAGCUGGUUCCUGUCCAGAUUCAACACAUGACCGUUGUACCUAGUAGUAGCAAAUUGUCAAGAUACGAGGACCUAUGUCCCAUCGUCAUG